CAAGAGUAAAUAUACACUGAUAGAACACACAGGUCAUGUUAUGGCUAAUAGUAAUGAAUCGUUGUUUUUUGUGCUACUAUUUCUAGAGGUAGAAUAAGGACAGGAGAAAUGUUACCUGGCCCUUAGACACUUUAAUGUAUGGAAGAUGCACGAACCCCAUGAGCCAUUUAUGAAAAGAUAGAUCACUUUGGAUUUUAUGCUACAGUGAAAGGAUAAUUAUUUGACAACAUAUGCUGCAUCCUGUGAGAACUAAUGAAAAAUGAAGAUGCUAAAGCUCUUUCACUUCUUAUUGUUUGUAACGUCCCUGAAGGCACACAUAACUACAGAUAAUGGUAAAUGUGAAGAAACUACCAGUACUUGUGCAGUCAUAUCAUGCACUCCACAUAGCCACAGUGGACUGCCUGGAAGAGAUGGAAGGGAUGGCAAAGAAGGACUAAAAGGUGAAAAGGGAGAACGAGGUCAACAAGGAUCUCGGGGGAAUCAGGGACCACCAGGAAAACUUGGUCCUCCAGGAGUAAAGGGUGAUAAAGGCACUAUUGGUCAAAAAGGAGACCAAGGCAUCAGCGCUACUUCAGAGGUUGAUACUGUCAAGGAACAUUUAAAAGUAUUCGAAAGGGAAUUGCAGAUACUUCAAGCAAGCCUCAAUAAGUAUAAUAAAAUUCUGCUCUUCCAUGGAGGUAAGCAGUCUGGUGAUAAAGUGUUUGUCACCAAUGGCUUAGAAGAAAGUUUUGAAAAUGCUCAAAAGACCUGCAAAGAAUCUGGUGGUAAUCUGGCAACACCAAAAAAUGCAGCAGAAAACAGCGCAGCACAGGAGAUACUUCACACCAAAGGGGAGGCAAGCAAAGCUUUCCUGGGUAUUUCAGACCUGCAAGUGGAAGGGAUAUUCAAAUACUUGUCAGGAGAAAAGAUCACUUUUACCAACUGGAACCUGGGAGAGCCAAAUAACAGCAAAGACAAUGAAGACUGUGUGGAGGUCCAGGACAAUGGGAAAUGGAAUGAUAUUCCAUGCAAUCUACUACGACUAGUUAUUUGUGAAUUUCAAUAGAAUUAGUUAAAGACAAUCCAUAGCACACAAUUUUGACUCAAAAACCCAUUUACCCCAACCCAUGAAAUAAUGUACUGUAUGAUAUCAAAUGUUAUUGAUUUUCCUCUAUAUAUUCAGCUAAUCACUAUAUUUGUGAAAUAAAAAAGGAGAUAAUUCAUGUUAUAUUAGAGCCCUGCAGAUAUGAGAUUCUACAAUAAUGAUUCCAGAUGUGCAACUAGAGCCCGAUAUGAAAUAAGACAUAGUCCUUUCUAUAUACUUGUAUCAGAGGGCCUGAUUUGGAUUUGUAUGCAAAACUGAAGGUUUACAUACAAAACCGAUGUUUAAGGAACUGCGCAUGUACAGGACCUGUUCUGAGCAUACUGUAUGUAAGAUGGGUCCUGCAUGAUCACUCAAAGUGCCCCCUUAGCCACAGUACGAUUGACAUGAUGUGCUGAUUGGGGGCAGAGCGGGGUUAACGACCGGGACUAUUCAACAAAAUAGGGGGUGUGACCCUAUUUUGUAGGCGUGUCGAGCCCAAGGUCUUCACAAUCUGAUGCAGACUUUCUGAACCCGGCAGAGAGGUUCCGACGGCUAGUUUGAGUAAGCUUUAGGUUACGCAGACUGGCUGAGGGUUGGAUCGCAGAUGCUAGCAGGAAAUGUCUAUUUACUACAGAUGCUUCCUGCAUAAUUAGAGUAUAUGUUGUAUGCUAUUAUGAAGCUGCUUCCUUGCUGGAAGUGACUGUGCAAUACCAACCAUAUCAGAUUCGGGCGAAGAAUACUCUGUACAAUCAACGCUUCUUACAGAUUUUCUACAGUAUGUAAUACUAAUGAUGAUUUAGACCCUAAUUCGAUGGUGUAGUUUUACAUGUGAGUCAGACCAAUAUGAACAGGCAGAAGCUUCACACAUGGCACUUGUAGAAGUGAAAAGUUCUGUUGCAGAAUGUGCUGUAUGUGGGGGGUUAAUACAGCGCUGCAGGUUAGAAGGGUCAGGGGAUGAGGUGUUGGAUGUUAUUGGGUAGUUAUGUGUGCUAUGAUAACACUGAUUAUGUAUAUGUCUGUCCUAAGUGGUGUGAAUAGAGUUUCACUGUUAUCAUAGCACACAUAGAUACCCAAUAACAUUCCAAUACCUCAUCCACCAAACCGUCUACCCUGCAUCGCUGUUUUAACCCCUCACAUCUGUAACUGUGGGAGAUUAGACGCCUCCAAAUAUAGCAGCGCAUCAGACCUGUUCCCAGUGAGUGCAGUGGAACAUACUCAUAUACAAAGUGUGCUGGAACCACUGCUGUUUGUGUAGUUUGUGUCAGGAUUUCAUACUUUACCCAAGAAGCACUAGUUGGCCCCUGCUUGUACCUUAGCCAAUGGUGGGAAUAAGAAUUUUAGUAUUUAGUUUACAAAAAUGUUUCUAGAAAUUUACCUGCUGAUACAAAAAGGCCCCAGUGUUAUUAUUGCACUAAACUGAAGAAAUAGGUUACUACUUAUGUUGUGUGCCAACAAAGUAAAAAUUACAGAGGAGACAGCACAGCUGGGUAAUAUUCUUAUACAUAAGACAACAAAAGUAAUUACCCCGCCCCUGUCUGCAUUUUAAUUGUCGGGAUGCCAGCAUCGGUCAUGUGACCGCCGGCAUCCCAACCGCUGGUAAUUUGUAUCACACCCAAACAAAACCUGAAUUGGAUCACUCUCAUGUCUUGCCCUCUCACUGAUUUUAUACUGGUAGCAUGUGGCACAGCAUUUGAAAUGUGCAUCAGGAUAGGCCUGUUUUACUAAAUAUUUUGUGAUUAAAAUCCCUUUACCGCAACUAGUGGAGGUUUGUAAAUUACAAAAUACAAGCAUUCUUCUUUCAUUUCACAGAACAAGUUCAAAGGACAAUCAUGUGACAUAAAGCAAAUAUAGAGGCCAGGGUACAAAGUGACAUUAGAAGAGCACUGAACUUUCAGUCCAAAGUAAUUAUUUUUGCUUACUGUGAGUUCUAUACAAACUAUACGCGCUUUUAUCCGGAACAGCAUUUUUUCCAACCAAGUGCUCCAGGAUGUAAUCUAGUACAAUUAUUUCAAUAUCAAUCCACUUGUAACCAUUGCAAGAACAAGUACUACAACACCAUUCACUAAAUAACGACUUUCAAUUAUACUUUAUACUUAGAUAUGUGUACAUGUUUUCUGUUCUUUUCAAUGAUGCAUAUUUUACAGUAACUACAGGCAAAAAAUUUAAUAAAUGCACCAUAUACAUAGGGGGGCAUUCCGAGUUGAUCACAUUAAGCUUUUUUUUUUGCUGCCUAUGCGAUCAACUCGACGCCGCCUAUGGUGGAGGGAUUUUUUGCAUAGCAAGGCUGUGAACUCUUGUGCAGCCCUGCUAUGCAAAAAAAGUUUUGUGUAGAACUAGACCAGGGUAAGAGUUACUUACCCUGUGAAAUCGAUCCAGCGAUGCAGGUCCCGGAAUUAAUGUCAGACAUCCGCCCUCCAAACGCCUGGACACGCCUGUGUUGGACUCACCACUCCCAGAAAAUGGUGAGUUACCGCCCCGGAACGCUAGCGAUCUCUUUCUUUGUUCUUCUGGUCGUUGCCCGGCGACGGCCGUCGCCUUGGCAACGAUGCGCGUGCGCAUUGUGGCCACCACGCAGGUGCAGAACCAACCUGUUUGCAUUGCUGCGACAACCAGCAGCGUGCAAACGGGUCGGAAUGACCCCCAUAGUACAAGUUCUGCAGAGUUCAGGAUUUUAGUUCUGUAGCCCUUCCAUUUUAAAAUAGCCAGAGCAGGCUUUUUUAUUAUGUAAAUAUGUACUUAUUAAUGCAUUCAUGGCCAUUUGGAUGCAUCCCAGCAGACUUUACAAUACACAUGAUCAUAAAUCAUAGGUUUCUCUAUGCUGAAACCCACAAAGCACAGUCACUGUUACACAAUGCACUGCAGCAGUUAGGUCACAGAGGGAUAGUUAGAAUUAGUUAAAGUAUUUUGGAAGAGUUUAUCCAUAGGGAAAUGUCCAUAAACCAUCUACAGGAAAGAAUUGAGAAGGAAAUAGAAACAGCAGAAUUUCAGCCCAAAGAUGAUCAGUGGUGAUAUUCACAAUUAUGAACGCACCCAAAUUUCAGGGAUUCGAGUCAAUCGGAGCCACGGCUUGUGGUUUCCCACUAGGCUUGGAUUCCAAAUCGACAAAACGCCAUCCUCCUGGCAUUGGAUUCUUGCAGGAUUUGUAUUCUAUAUAAGGGUGCCAUGGUCGGAAUUCGGCUCCAUUUGACUCCAGGCUGUGUGCUGUACCGUAAUCUGUUGGUUAAAUGGUUAAUUUGGCUGUGCUGUCCAGACUCAUAGGGGUAAAUUUACUAAGAUGGGAGUUCUAUUUAAGAUGGGAUGUUUCCCAUAGCAACCAAUCAGAUUUUACUUAUCAUUAAUCUAGCACCUUCUAGAAGAUAAUACCUGAAAUCUGAUUGUUUGCUAUGGGCAACAUCCCAUCUUAAAUAAAACUCCCAUUUUAGUAAAUAUACCCAAUAGUGUAUACAAGUGGCUUUUCUGUGGACUCCAGACUUCAUACAAGUGGCUGUGUGCUGUGUCCAUCUAAGUGGCUGUGCGUUCACAUAUAAGCGGCACUUCAGUGUGUAAAAGAUUUUUUUUUAAAAAGGUUAAAAUUAAAAAAGAACAAAAAGUUUAAAAAAGCGGUUAUUUUAAGUUUCUACAACCUGUGUGCGCUGUACCCUUGUGCAUUUAUUAUUCACGUACAUAUAAAAGAAAGCUCUUUGAAUUGCGACAGUUUGAGUUGAGCUGCAAAGUGAAAAUUAAAUAUACUCUUCUAUUGUUUCUACUAUUCUGGUGCACUGUACCCCUGUAUGUUUAUUAUUCAUGUACAUAUAAUAAAAGCCCUUUGAAUUGA